UUCACUCCUGUGGAGAUCUGUGCGCUGUGCGCAGCACCAAACUGUUCCCACCACCGUUUACCGGCUACAUGUGGGGGGAGAAACCUGCAGAGUGAAACCAAGCUGAGCGUUACUUUCAGCUGCAUGGAAUACCUACACUGAUUUUCCCACCGAGCCGUCAGGUGUGUAAACUAGUGAAAGUUGGAUGACUGAGAGGAAAAUUGCAAGUGUGGACUGAACGACAAUGGAAUUUGUGAUCUCGUAACCUCGAGGAAUAACGUUAUCUAUGUCGGCUGAUAUGUCUGUAUACAAGCAGCGGUUGUGGACGAUGUGGAUACUCUGAAUGAAACCAGUGAAAACUUAUUUCCGUCGCUGUAACGAGGAGUAAACCAGCAUUUGGAGCAGCAAGUGACUGAGGAGAGUUUUACACGGGACAAGACCACUUCAUACCCCACUGGGAGUGUUUCAGAAGCAGAUCGUUUAGGUCCGACAGCGGCAGAGAGACGAGAGCCACCCUUCUCCCUUCUACCUGGAGAGGAAGCCAGGGAGCAAGGCAGUCAUGGUAGCAGUGGUGUCAUAAAAUCUUGGGAUUUUCCACUUCCAAGAUGAACCUCUCGUUGUCCAUGAUUUCGACAAAUCCUCGUGGGAGACAUGGAGACAUUGGAAAUGGCAGGAAAUAAGCAGUAGACUUCUACCGAAAGUGACCACUGAGUGUGACCCUCUCCUGUCAUCACAAGUCAAACCUGGCAACCUCACUUCCAGGGACUAUACACCCUCCUUUCACAUGUGGACCACUGUGGAACAGGUCGUGUCCAGAAGGAUGUGUUUUUAAACCUGAGCUGCUGGGAGGUCAAGAGGUGACAUGCCUCUGUAAAACACCACGGGAAACAAAUGCUCUGCUGCCAUGCCUCCGGGGAUGGUACGUCGUCUUUCAGUGUCAGCAGUCCAAACGCUGCUGUCUCUCUCUCUGCUAGCCAUCGGCUGGCCUUUUGCCUCAUUACCCAGUGGUGUUGUCCAAGGAAAAGACUCCUCCCCCUCCAGCCUUUACCCCACCUUUAUCCGGAAUGACACUCUAUUUGAGCACAUGGCCCUGCACCCGGACCCCAGUGUGGGUCGGGUCUACGUCGGGGCCAGAGAUCACCUGUUCCAGUUGGAUCAGUUCCUCCAACCUGAACUCCAGGACGACACCGGACCUGUCACAGACAGCCGGGAGUGCUUGCCUCCUGUAACCGAGAGCAACUGCCCUCAGGCAAGGGUAACCAGUAAUCACAACAAGCUCUUGCUGGUCGACCCUUACUCCAUGGAACUUAUUACCUGUGGGAGUGUCAACCAAGGAAUCUGCCAGAAACGUAGCCUGGAUUCUGUGGAUACAGUACUUUUCUCCACCGAGAGGCCAGUGGAUACCCAAUAUGUAGCAGCCAACCACCCUAAUGUUAGUACCGUUGGGCUUGUAGUUCGGUCUCAUCCUGACAGGCAGCCAGUGCUGUUCGUUGGGCGAGGCUACACUAGCAGCCACCCACCCAUCUCCACAAGAAACCUUGCCCAGGAACCUGUCUUUUCUUAUGAGGAAACUGCUAAGUUGGCCGUGGCUGGCCGUCUGUCUGAGUAUGACCAUCAUUUUGUAGCCUCAUUUGCCCACCGUCAGCAUGUAUACUUCCUCUUCUACAGGCGGGACCUAAAGUCACAAUCACGCGAGUACCGCACCUACAUCUCCCGUGUAUGUUUGGAUGACCAAGCCUAUUACUCGUACGUGGAAGUGCCCUUGACAUGUCGUUCCAGGACAGGAAAAAUUUACAACCUCCUGCAAGCUGUCCAGCUCGGACUCUCCAAGGAUGGAGUAGUGAGUCAAGGCUCAGAGAUUCUUCUUGGUGUCUUUUCCACUCGUUUGGCUUCAUCAACUCGUCCCAGUGAGGACUCGGCCCUCUGCAUGUUUAACCUGGAAGAUGUGGACCGUAGGAUUAACUCCACCAGAGACCUGUGCUACACACAGAUGGGUAAAGAGACAGGAGUGGAGGCAGCCUACAUCGAAUAUGAAGUAAAAUCUAACUGUGCCAACCUGCCAGAGAACACUCUGGAUGCCUACCCCUGUGGCUCUGACCACACUCCCAGCCCCAUGGCCAGCCGGGUCGCCGUGGAAGCAGAGACGAUAUUGGACAGCCCGUCCGCCCGUCUCACUGCUGUGUCUGUCAGCAUGAGGGCAGGACAUACCAUCGCCUUCCUGGGAGACUCCAAAGGGAACCUGCACAAGGUGUUCCUGGGGCCAAAUGGCGAGGUGGAGGAGUACUCCAUCAUCACCAUACAGCAGAACACAGCCAUCAGCUCAGACCUCAUCCUGGACCAGAAAGAAGAGCAUCUCUUCAUCAUGACCCCUAACAUGCUGCAGAAGAGGCCAGUGGCUGAAUGCCAGCAACACCCAGACUGCCACUCCUGCCUGCUGGCCCACGACCCUUACUGUGGCUGGUGUGUCCUGGAGGGAAGAUGUGUGUUGCAGUCAGAGUGUGCUCGUGGGAAGCAACCCGGUCAGUGGCUGUGGAGCUUUGACAUGGAGCAGCAGUGUCUGGUCAUCCAAGACCUCAAUCCCUCCAAUGUCAGCAGGGAGGAGAGCAGGACGGUGUCUCUGUCAGUCCCAGGACUUCCAGUGUUAGAAAAAGGCGAAUCCUACUCCUGCUUCUUCCAGGACAGCCACAGCCCUGCCACUGUCACCGAAACCGGGGUCACCUGCCACUCCCCCGACACCAGCCGGGUACCCAUGGUGCCUCCAGGGCAGGACUUCGUCACAGUCACCUUGUCUCUCCGUUUUGGCGACGUCACCGUCACAGCGAGGGAUUUCACCUUCUACGACUGCACGGCUGUUAAGCAGCUGUCUGGCAGCAUGCCUUGCCGUGGUUGUGUUUUGAGCCGAUGGGGCUGUAACUGGUGUGUUCACCAGCACUCGUGUACCCAUAAGCCCACCUGUGAGGAGGGGGUCGUCAUCUACAACCAACAUUUCAAACUCCCCACCUCAGCUCCUCCCACAACCAAAACUAUCAAAGUCAUCACUCCGCCCUCUACCACAACUGCUACCCCGACAACCACCACUGUGACAACCACCACGACAACUCCCACAACGACAACUGUCGCCACGGCAGCAACAACCAUAGCUCUCGUCACUGUAGCAACCACUCAGGAGCCAACCACCCCGCCCGCACCCACUACCCCACCCACAACCACAACCAGCCCUGAGCCGACGACCCCACCCACCACCCUGCCCCCUCAGCCUGCCAGCACCCUGGUUCCCACCACGGCAGCACCCAACACUCCUGCACCCCCCAAGGUCACCACCUGGAAGGAAGAGGAGACUGAGCUGGUCAUCGUCACUCAAAGUGACACUGAAGGCACCGCAGUCACUCCCAGUGUCGUCAUGGUGGCUGCAGAGCUGGUGCCCGUCACCACGGCUGAUGGUCUGAGCGAGGAUCUGGACCCUGUGGUGCCUCUCAUGAUCCCACCCCCUGACCCGGACUACUCCCCCUUAGAGGUGGUGACGGAGUUGCCCCCCAGCAACACCCAGGAAGCUGAGGGCACACUGAGUCCGGCAGAGCCUCCCACCCUAACUUCAUCUGGCUUUCCUCUGCCCACGCCCUUCCCCAUGGGUGAACCGGCUGACUCUGAGCCCUCCCUCUACCUGGACCUGCCCCCGACACCCACCUCACUGCCCCCGCGAGACUCCCACACUGAGGCAGGGAGCCAAGGUGCAGAUCCUGAGGUGCUGCUCUUGCCAAAGGAGGAAGUGGACGACCACGCUGAGCGCGCCGUCCACACAGAAAAUGACACAGCCACUUUCUCAGCUGCCACCGUGCUGUCAGGUGACGGUGAGGUCGACCACGCCCCCCCCGCCUACCCCCACCUCCUGGAUACUGACUCAGAGCUGGAUUACCAGUAUGAUCCAGCUGAUGCCUUCCUCCCGGGGGACGAGGGCUCCUAUGUGAGCUGGGGAUCCUCAGCUUGUCCCUGUGUGGAGAAGGUUCAGGGUUCAUCACUGCUGCCUGUCAGAGUGGAGAGGAAGAUCACUUUACUAGCCCGCAACCUGCACCUCUAUCAGGACACAGAGCUGGACUAUGAGUGUGUGUUGGUCAUUGAGGGGCAGACGGUGGUCGUGGACGCCUACGUAGAGACGGAUGACAUGAAUCCAUCGAACUUUGACAUCACCUGUCAGCUACAUCAGUACACAUACUCUGCACCAGUGGAGGAAUACAAUGCCAUGGUGUAUGUGAAGAGGAGGGACACCUUCCAUGUGGACAGCUCUCCUGAUCUGUAUGUGACGCUGUACAACUGCUCGGUGGGCCGGUCUGACUGUAGCCGCUGCCAUACAGCCGACCAUAAGUAUGGUUGUGUGUGGUGUGGUGGUGCUCAGGCCAGAUGUCUGUAUUCAGACUCCUGCAGUGAACCCGUACAGCAGACAUGCCCCGCGCCAGUCAUCCACUCUAUUGAGCCACUCUCAGGACUGUUGGAAGGCGGCACCACAGUGACCAUCUCAGGCUCCAACCUGGGUCAGAAGGCUGAAGACAUCCUCCACUCUGUGUCUGUGGCCGGGGUGCCCUGCACUGUCAUCCCCAGCCUCUAUGAGGUCUCCUCCAGGAUUGUGUGCAGGACCAAAGCCAGCGGAGGAGAGAAGGUGGGCCACGUGUCUGUUAAAGUGAGCGGAGGAGAGUUUGGCCUGUCCAGCCAGACAUUCAGCUACCAGGACCCAUUUGUGAUGGGGGUAUCACCUGAAAGGGGGCCCAAAGCUGGAGGAACAUCUCUGACCAUCACUGGCCGAAACCUGCUGACAGGUCGUUCUUCUGACCUCACCGUCACUGUGGGAGGGGUGCCCUGUAACAUUGUGUCGGAGGUGCAGAGCUCCAGUGUUCAGUGUGUGACAGGCGGCAGUAAUAAGACAGGGGAUCACCGGGUCACCCUGCAUUACGGCAGCAGCCAGCGCCACCUCCACACUUCAGCUUACCGCUACACCCACAACCCCAACAUCACCCACGCCACUCCAGCCAAGAGCUUUCUGGCUGGUGGUCGACUGAUCUAUGUGUCGGGCCACAACCUGGACGUGGUGCAGGAGCCCCGGAUGGUGGUGACCGUCUCUCCCAAGGAGUCCACCAGCCAGAACAAGAAGAAGAAGAAGCGGAGGAGGAAGAGGAGGAGUGGAGAGCAGAGGGAGGACAGAGAGAGGACCAUGGGAAGGCCACCUAGGAUGGUUCCUGACCCUGUGUGUCCUGGAGACCCACUCUGCUCCGACAAACAGUUCAUGGAACGUUGCGAGGUGAACUCCUCCUCCCUGAUCCUGUGCCGCUCUCCUAUGGUUAACUCCUCUGUCAAGGGGUCAAAGGUCACAGUGGAGUUUCUGCUGGACAACCUGCGCUUUGACUUCCACAGUCUGAACUCCGAGCCCUUCAGCUACGAGCCCAACCCCAUCCUGCGCCCCCUGAACCAGCAGGACCCUGUGAAGGCCUACCGCUACAACCCUGGCAGCUUCAUCCAGCUAGAGGGGGAAAACCUGGACCUGGCCAUCACUAAAGACGAGGUGGUGGUGUUGGUCGGGGACGGUGUGUGCGCUGUCAAGACCCUGACAAGAAACCAUCUGUACUGCGAACCGCCACCUCAGCAGCCUGCAUCGGGACUUAAUGGCAAGAAGCGUGAGGGCUCUGACAAUCUGCCUGAAUUCACAGUCCAAAUGGGAAACCUGAACCUCUCCCUGGGUAAAGUUCAGUACGACAACCUGAGCCUGUCCACCUUCCCCCUUGAGGCUCAGAUUGGAGUCGGGGUUGGAGCAUCCAUUGUGGCCCUCAUCGUCCUCAUCAUCGUGCUCAUCUACAGGAGGAAGAGCAAGCAGGCUCUGAGGGACUACAAGAAGGUCCAGAUCCAACUGGAGAACCUGGAAACCAGCGUCAGGGACCGCUGCAAGAAGGAGUUCACAGACCUGAUGACAGAGAUGAUGGACAUGUCCAGUGACCUGGUUGGUUCCGGCAUCCCUUUCCUCGACUACCGGAUGUAUGCAGAGCGCAUUUUCUUCCCCGGCCACCGGGAGUCGCCGCUGAGGCGAGACCUGGACGUUCAGGAGUGUCGCAGGCAGACAGUGGAGCAGGGCCUGGUGCAGCUGUCCAACCUGCUCAACAGUAAACUCUUCCUCACCAAGUUCAUUCACACUCUGGAGAGCCAGCGGACUUUCUCACCCAGAGACCGAGCAUACGUGGCCUCCCUGCUGACGGUAGCCCUGCAUGGCAAACUGGAGUAUUUCACCGACAUCCUCAAAACCCUGCUGAAUGACCUGGUGGAGCAGUACGUUGCCAAGAAUCCCAAACUGAUGCUGCGGCGAACAGAGACGGUGGUGGAGAAGCUGCUGACCAACUGGAUGUCCAUCUGCCUCUACGCUUUCCUCAGGGACUCAGCAGGGGAGUCUCUCUACAUGCUGUUCAGAGCCAUAAAGCACCAGGUAGAUAAAGGACCGGUGGACGCUGUGACCGGCAAGGCCAAGUACACCCUCAAUGACAACCGCCUGCUGCGAGAGGACGUGGAGUACAAGACCCUGACUCUGAAUGUGUUGGUGCAGGGUGGAGGAGUGAACGAGUCCCAGCCGCUGCCCUCCAAAGUGCUGGACUGUGACACCAUCACACAGGUGAAAGAGAAGCUGCUGGAUCAGGUGUAUAAGGGCACCUCCUUCUCCCACCGCCCGCACGCCGACUCACUGGACCUGGAGUGGAGGUCUGGUGUCGCCGGUCAUCUCAUCCUGUCAGACGAGGACUUGACAUCUGUGGUGCAGGGCAACUGGAAACGCCUCAACACCCUGCAGCACUACAAGGUCCCAGACGGUGCGACAGUAGCGCUGGUCCCUCGCCACAGCAAGCACAUUCACCAUGACAACCACGACUAUGUAGCAGGAGAGAAGACGCCGAUGCUGGAGGAUGCAGAUGAAGGAGGAGUGAGGCUGUGGCAUCUGGUGAAGGCCAGUGAGGAGCCUGAGCUGCCCAAACACCGCAGAGGCAGCCUGAGGGAGAGAGAGAGGGCCAAGGCCAUACCUGAGAUCUACCUGACCCGCCUGCUGUCCAUGAAGGGGACGCUGCAGAAGUUUGUAGACGACCUGUUCACAGUUAUCCUCAGCACCAGUCGUCCUGUCCCGCUGGCCGUCAAAUACUUCUUUGACCUGCUGGAUGACCAGGCGGGACAACACGGUAUCUCCGACCCAGAGACAAUACACAUUUGGAAGACAAACAGUCUGCCUCUGCGUUUCUGGAUCAACAUUGUGAAGAACCCUCAGUUUAUCUUUGAUGUCCAAGCCUCGGACCACGUGGACGCAGUUCUGUCCGUCAUUGCCCAGACUUUCAUGGACUCCUGCACCAUCGCUGAGCACAAACUGGGAAGGGACUCUCCCAUCAACAAGCUGCUGUAUGCCAGAGACAUCCCCCGCUACAAGCAGAUGGUAGAACGGUACUAUGCUGACAUCCGGCAGACCAUCUCAGCCAGUGACCAGGAGAUGAACUCUGCUCUGGCUGAACUGUCCAGGAACUACUCAGGAGAGCUGAACUACCUGGUCGCACUGCACGAGCUGUACAAGUACAUCAACAAAUACUACGACCAGAUCAUUACAGCGCUGGAGGAGGACACCACAGCCCAGAAGAUGCAGCUCGGCUACAGACUGCAGCAGAUUGCUGCUGCUGUGGAGAAUAAAGUCACAGACUUGUGACAGAAGAAACGCCCACCAGUUCUUGAACAAACAGAGUGGGGUGGGAGGCAGAGAAGAGACUUGCACCCUGUAGGUUGAACUGAAAGGCAGGAGAGCAACAGCUGGACUAAUGGGAAGAGACACAGUCUCUUCUUUUCCAGGAGGAAGGUUGGCAAUGAACCGUCACUUUUUUUCAGUGCGAAGGAGAUGGAGGUUCAGGGUGACAUUCAAGUUCACAUCCCAGCACCUAUUUGUCUUUUUUAUUUUUUAUUUUUGGUGUUCGCGAAGGAUGCAUCUGUGACUUUGGUGCGAGCUCUGAGGCUCUGAGCCCUCUGAAGAAGCACAUGGAGUCAGAGAGAUGACACCUAGCAAAAUGUGAACAAAGAAAGACGGGAUGUGCCAAGGACACGAUUGAGGCCUGCUGUUAAGCCGUUAACUUAAUUAGCUUGUCGCUGCUGUAUGGUCAAAAGUGAUUUCUUGUGUUUGUAUGGUGAUUUGUGUGUGUGAACAGUCAUUCAUAUUGCCCUGGUUGUCAAUCUACAUCUUGUACUCCCACAUUUCUGAUUUCUAGUGCAAAGUAUUGGAGUAACUGAUUAUACUUUGGAUGUUAUAGUAAGAACUAUUCUGAAAACAGUGAACUUUUUCUCUGAAAUUCAAACAUUUUACAACAAAAUCUUGGUCACAGUGUUGUUCAGAGUCCCCUUUACCUACAGCAAAUAACAGAGUUUCAUAAGUUACUGCCGCUGUCUACCUCAGCCUACUGUGCUGCAUCAAAUGCUUUUUUUCCUGUGAUGUUGCGCCACCAACACUACUGUGUACAUUUCAACCGGCUACAACUACCAGUACAGCAGCACAGCACAGAUCUGUCCUCGGUAACAUCUGU